CUAUGUCAUCGACGGGGCCACGGCGCUGUGGUGUGCGGCUGGCGCGGGACACUUUGAGGUGGUGCGCCUGCUGCUGAGUCACCACGCCAACGUGAACCACACCACCAUCACUAACUCCACCCCGCUGCGGGCCGCCUGUUUCGACGGGCGCCUGGACAUCGUGCGCUACCUGGUGGAACACAACGCCGACAUCAAGAUCACCAACAAGUACAACAACACCUGCCUGAUGAUCGCCGCCUACAAGGGCCACACCGACGUUGUACAGUUCCUGCUGGAGCAGGGGGCGGACCCCAACGCCAAGGCGCACUGCGGGGCCACCGCCCUGCACUUUGCGGCGGAGGCGGGCCAUCUGGAGAUCGUCAAAGAGCUGGUGCGCUGCAAGGCGGGCAUGGUGGUGAACGGACACGGCAUGACGCCACUGAAGGUCGCCGCAGAGAGCUGCAAAGCAGACGUGGUGGAGCUGCUGCUGGCGCACGCCGACUGUGAUUCGCGCAGCCGCAUCGAGGCCCUGGAGCUGCUCGGCGCUUCAUUCGCCAACGACCGGGAGAACUACGACAUCCAGAGGACCUACCACUACCUGCACAUGGCCAUGACAGAGCGCUACCACGACGCAGAAAACGUCAUUGCCAAGCAGCUGCUGCCCGCCAUCGAGGCCUACGGCGGCCGCAGCGAGUCCAGGACACCUCAAGAACUGGAGGCCAUCAGGGUGGACCGGGACGCUCUGCACAUGGAGGGGCUGAUGAUCCGGGAGCGCGUUCUGGGCUCGGACAACAUCGACGUGUCGCACCCCAUCAUCUAUCGCGGCGCCGUGUACGCUGACAACAUGGAGUUUGAACAGUGCAUCAAACUGUGGCUUCACGCGCUCCGUCUGCGGCAGAAAGGAAACCGCAACACCCACAAGGACCUGCUGCGCUUCGCCCAGGUGUUCUCGCAGAUGGUCCACCUGAAGGAGCAGGUGCUGGCCUCGGCCGUGGAGCAGGUGCUGAGCUGCAGCGUGCUGGAGAUUCAGCGAAGCAUGGCUCGCGUGGAGGCGGCGGCCGAGUCCGAGCUGCCGCAGGCCAUGGACAACUACGAGUCCAACGUCUUCACCUUCCUCUACCUGGCCUGCAUCUCCACCAAGACCAGCUGCAGCGACGAGGAGCGCGCACGCAUCAACAAGCACAUCUACGACCUGAUCCAGCUGGACCCGCGCUCCCGCGACGGCGCCUCUCUGCUCCACCUCGCCAUCAGCUCCAGCACGCCGGUCGACGACUUCCACACCAACGACGUCUGCAGCUUCCCGAGCGCGCAGGUCACCAAGCUGCUGCUGGACUGCGGCGCGCAGGUCAACGCCGUCGACCACGAGGGCAACACCCCGCUGCACGUCAUCGUGCAGUACAACCGGCCCAUCAGCGACUUCCUCACGCUGCACGCCAUCAUCAUCAACCUAGUGGAGGCCGGCGCCCACACGGACAUGACCAACAAGCAGAAGAAGACGCCGCUGGACAAGAGCACCACGGGCGUGUCGGAGAUCUUGCUGAAGACGCAGAUGAAGAUGAGCCUCAAGUGCCUGGCGGCGCGCGCCGUGCGGCAGCACCAGAUCACGUACCGCAACCAGAUCCCCAAAACUCUGGAGGAGUUUGUGGAGUUUCACUGAGACGCAACGCAGGACGGAGUUCUUUUUAAAGAAUUUCUUACAAUUUUCUAACGAAUCCCGGCGGUGCUGAGGAGCUCGCUUCAGCGCCAAACGUUUUUGAGCAUUUUUAUAUAUAUAAGAAAAAAAAGUGGGUUGCUUUUUUUUCUAUUUUAAGUAUGAAUUGCUCCGCACCAGCAGUCAUAGAGGGCGGUCCGUCUGUCCG